UCUGCAAAUGGCGGAUGGAAGCGGACUCCUUUAACUUUGUCGUAUACAAUAAUAAGCAGGAUAAGUGGGCGAGAUUAGGAAUAGGACAAGAUGAAUUUCGGCUGCAGUUAAGGAAAUACAUGUCGUUUCUUCGCAUUCAACCGAAAAAACACAGCAUUAUUACUGCUAACAGGAGAGAAAAAAAGCAGAAGCUGAACGCUAGGCGAUGGAGGAGACCCGCUACAGCAAGCGCCUGCGAACAGGAACACGCCGGCGCUAUCAGGACGAUGGCAUCUCGGAUGAUGAAAUCGAGGGGAAGACGACUUUUGACCUGGAAGAAAAGCUUGAAAGCGACUACUUCAAUUCAGACCUGGUCAAAAUUAUGGAUGGAAAAGACUUCACUUUUGAGUACAUCCAGCGGGAAGGGCUUCGAGACCCCAUCAUCUUUACUAAAGCAGACGGACUUGGCAUUCAGAUGCCCGAUCCAGACUUCAGCGUGAGUGAUGUGAAACUGUUUGUAGGCAGUCGAAGGAUGAUCGACGUGAUGGACGUAAGCACUCAAAAGGGCAUGGAGAUGUCAAUGGGGCAGUGGAGGCGCUAUUAUGAAACCCCGGCCUCGGAAAGGGAAAAGCUGUACAACGUCAUCAGUCUCGAGUUCAGUCACACCAAACUGGAGCAUCUCGUCAAGAGACCUGCCUCGGUGGAUCUGAUCGACUGGGUCGAUAUCAUGUGGCCUCGGCACCUGAAGGAGAGACAGAGAGACUCGACCAACGUCAUCACUGACAUGCAUUACCCCAAAGUACAGAAGUACUGUCUGAUGAGUGUGAAGGGCUGCUUUACAGACUUCCAUAUUGACUUUGGUGGCACGUCAGUAUGGUAUCACAUCCUGAGGGGACGCAAGGUGUUCUGGCUGAUCCCGCCGACUCCACACAACCUGGAGCUCUAUGAGAACUGGGUGUUGUCAGGAAAACAGGGUGACAUCUUCCUCGGGGACAAGGCCACCACAUGCCAGCGCAUUGAGCUAAAACAGGGUUACACUUUUAUGAUUCCCUCAGGUUGGAUCCAUGCAGUAUACACUCCCGAGGAUACUCUGGUGUUCGGAGGGAAUUUCCUGCACAGUUUUAACAUUCCUAUGCAGCUGAACAUCUACAACAUCGAGGACCGCACACGGGUCCCAUCGAAGUUUCGCUACCCGUUCUAUUACGAGAUGUGUUGGUACGUGUUGGAGCGUUACCUGUACUGUCUGACCAACAUCUCUCAUUUAACGCCAGAGUUCCAGAGACACUCGCUGGGCAUCGGGUUGAAAAAAGACGACUUUGUCAAACCAGACAGCGAGGGUAAGGAGGAACAGGGAGAGGUUAAACAAGAGCCAGACGAGCAGGAAGACGAAGCUGCUUCUCCUCCGGCCCGUCCCGGGGUAAAGGUACAUCUGACGCCGUUGGAGCUGGAAGGCAUGUGGCAGCUGCUGCACAAGCUGGAGCAGCUCCCUGCUCACAAGAAGUGUGUACCAGUAGGGAUCCGAAACGCUCCAGCGCUCCUCAACGACAUCCGGGCCCUGCUAGAAGAGCACGCCAAUGAUGAUCCACAAUUGUCUUACACUGGAAUACCCAUUGUCACAUGGCCCAAAAGGCCCUCGUGGUAUACGCCACGUCCUCCCUCCCCUUCUGUAAUGUACCGGCCACGUCCUUCAGUCUCGGGCCCCACGAUGGCCCCGGUACCGCGGCCGGCCAAGCCAGCAUCGUCCAUCUCGGCUCUGAGGCGGCGGCGUGUUCGCUGUAAACGCUGCGAGGCCUGCAGGCGCUCAGAGUGCGGAGAUUGUACCUACUGCAGGGACAUGAAGAAGUUCGGCGGUCCGGGUCGACUCAAGAAGUCCUGCAUCCUCAGACAGUGCCUGACUCCGGCGCUGCCUCUGACUGCCGUCUGCGCCAUGUGUAAAGAAGGGGGCCAGGAGGACUCGGAAGGCACCGCGACCACUCAGACGCUCAUGGAGUGCUCAGAGUGCGGUCAGAUCACACACCCAGAAUGUAUACAGGUCCCAGGGGAGGGUGUGAUCAAUAAGGAUCUUCCCAGUUGCUGGGAGUGUCCCAAGUGUGUCCGGGAUAAGAACACAGAGUCUUCCAGCAGUAAUUCAGAGGAGGACAGUAAAAGCACCAUUACGUCCAGCGCGCCCUCCGCUCCUCCUGCUAAGCGGGCGUACAGGGAGGGCAUCGGGGUGGGUGGGCUGCGUUUGGGGCGCAGGGGUCAGCCUCUGCCAUCGCCCCCGUCCCUGCCUCUGACGCGCUCCCGCCGCCAACCCCCACCGUCACAGAGAAUCCUGCUCCAGCACCAACAGAGCCGCAAGAGAGCCGGGGCGCUGGAGCUACAGCACCGCAAGCGUAUCAAAUUGGAGAGGAGCAAACUGUUCCAGUCAACACGGACGUCUGUCUCUGUUUCCCCAAAGCUCCUGCGUCAGCGGAGUUUGGAGAGGGCGAGCAUGAUCAGGGCGGGACUCAGCAGGGGCUUGUCCCGCCGGAGAAGCGUAGCGUCCUAUCAGGAAAGAGAAGUGCGGCUCAGAAGCCAAGCGAGAAGCGGAGCUCUGAGAGGAAGGGCGGAGAGAGAAGAGGGCGGAGCCGACAACGACAAGGAGGAAGAGACCGAGAAGACGGAAAGGAGAGAGAACGGGCUGGGUGGUAAAGAGAACCGGCCACAGAGAUACGGAGCGCGGCAGACGGAAGACGAGAACGGAGACGGUCAACAGAACGGAGAGCGCAACGCCGAAAGGGAGGAGGACGGAGGAGAUCAGACGCGGACGGACUCAUCCGGGGCGCUCGCCGACGACACCAGGGAUCAGGGUUCAUGCGUGACCGUCACCCUGCAGCCAUCGCGAGGCAGGCGGGACCCCAGCACUAUCGUCCCCAAGCUAGAAGCGAACGUAUCCUCUGUCAGCCACACCCAAAGCAACAGCGACUUCCAGGGCAAGUCCCUGCUCCGCCCACCACUCCGGGGUGAUUCCCGCCGAACGGAUAAAGCCCACGCUCAUACACACCCGCAUACGCCCAGAUCGCAACUCCAGUCUGCUACUCUCACCAGGAGCGCUUCCAAACACGUUCACGUCAGUCAGAGCUUAAAGUGCAGCUCCAGAGAGUCUCAUCACAACAGCACGCGAGAGAGGAACGGGAAAAACGUGCGGCCAGAGAGAGGGAAGCCUCCCGCGUCCUGCACGUCACCCGAGCAGAGCGGGCCGAGUGAACCAGGCUGGGGCAGGCUGGUGUGGGUGUCCGUCUUCCGCUACUUAACACGAACCGAGCUGUGCGUCUGCAUGGCUGUGUGCAAGAGCUGGUACAAAUGGGGUUGCGAUAAGCGAUUGUGGACGCAUAUCAGCCUGAGCCGCUGCCAGUCUAUCAGCCCACAGGCCCUCUCCGGCAUCAUCAAGCGCCAGCCGGUUACACUGGACCUGUCCCGGGCCAAAAUAUCCAAGAAACAGCUCACGUGGCUCAUCAACCGAUUACCAGGGUUGAAAGAUCUGGUGCUUUCAGGGUGUAACUGGACGUCUGUGUCUGCUCUGAGCUCUCCCAGCUGUCCUUUACUGCGCUCAUUAGACCUCCGCUGGGCAGACGGCGUCAAAGACGCGCAGAUCAGAGAGCUUCUCAGCCCACCAGGAAGUAAUAACCGUUCCCAGCUGAGAAACAUGCAGUGCUUGAGGCUGUGUGGUCUGGAGGUGACGGAGGCCACGCUGAGGCUGAUCAUCAGGCACAUGCCUCAGCUGACGAGGCUGGAGCUCUCACACUGCCCUCUGACUGACAACGCUCUCAACCUCCUCACCGCCGUGGGCUCGUCCACACGCAACACACUCACACACCUCAAUCUAGCAGGGUGCAGCCGCCUGACGGACCACUGUCUGGUGUACCUGCAGCGCUUGUCCUGUGUCUCCGUACUGGACCUGCGCAGCUGUAAAGGAAUCUCUCGGCAAGCCUGCGAGAAAUUCAUCUCCGAGCUGUCCGUCAACGCCCUCUACUGCCUAUCAGACGAUAAACUUAUCCAGAGAAUAUCUUAGAGCCCGUCCUUCUCCUGGAGAACACACACACAGACUGUUCGGGUGGAGGCAGUGUCGGUUUGUACGUUUCUGUGCGUGUGAAAGAGAAUCUUGCGGCGUGUUACGUGUAGGAAGACUGUACAGAACACAAUGACGGAGGAGCUCAGAACACUUAGGAGAUUUAUGUAAAAGACUCAGCGAUGGCUACACCCCCGCUAAUUUGUACUUUAAUUCCUUUCCCCACCCCCACCCCCAUCGGUCCAAGUUCACAAAGGUGCAGCAGCCGGCAGUCACGGCUUCACGGGCCCGAGAACCCUCAUGAGCUCUUCCAAUAAGAGUUGUAAACAGGUGCUAUUGCUCAAAAGACAGCCUUUUUUUUUUUCUUUCUUUUUUUCCUUUUUUUGUCUAUUCCAGGGCAGGUCCGUAACUUGCAUGCCUCUCCUGAUCCCAUCCUCUUCCCUUUCCACUCUUUCUAACUUCUCCGUCGAAUUUACUCCAAGGCUUCUGUUGUUUGUAGCAGCGUGAGGGUGUCGCAUUUGGUUUCACUCCUGUGCUUUAACCUCUCAAUUUAUUUUUCAGGAGGAAUACUUUUCAGUUCUUAAUUCCGUUCUCUCUAGUUACAGAGUACAGAUAUAUAUAAAUAUAAAAAUAUAUACACACACCCUUGUGUAAAUGUAUUCCUCUCCUAUAGUAUGCCAGAAGAAGAGUCUGUAGCGUUGUAAUUAUUUUUGGAAGUUCUUUUUUUUUUUCCACUUUUGUUUGUUUUUCAGAAAAAUAAAGAAAUACACAAAUGUUGUAUACUUGUCUGUUUACAUUCACAUGAGUGCAUGAUUAUUUAAGUACAUUUUCAAAAGUUCAAGCACAAAAUGUUCAAGUACAUUUAAUAAGUACAGGUACUUAAGUAAUUAAGGCUUAAGUUAUGAGUCCUUUUUGUAUAA